AUGAACGUCCGAUCCUCUUCAUAUACCAAGAUGCUGAGAUAUCACCGUCACAUUCACUCCGCCUCCGCAUCCAAUAACUCUCCUCUCCGUCCACACAAGAUACCCGCCACGGUCCACCCUCACACCUCUCCAAGCCAAUCUUUUGCUUCAAGACAGACAAGGCAAAACACCCAUCCAAUACAACCCUCGACAGUGUACCCAAAACCGCUCAUGCUCCAUCUUGUACUUUCGUCCGGUGAAAGGAUGGGGAUGCGAUGCACAUGCACUCGCGCCAUUGAUCGUCAAAAAGCAAUGCAUCAGGAGGGGGCCAAACAGUGUGGUGUCACAUAUAAUCCCUGUCUGAUAGUAUCGACUUUGGGCUCCGGGCAGACAAAGAGAAAAUAUAGCAUGUUGUUUUCCGCCUGCCUGCUCGCCUGCCUGCCUACCUUGGCGAUUUGCAGCUCCCUCCUUUCCUGACCCUCGGACUUUCUUACACAUGACCGUGUCUAAGUUACUUUUUCCAGCUUUUGUACUUGGAAGUAUCUCUAGUUCUGCUACUGACGAACGGGACAUGCAUUGUUGUCUGCCAACCCCACUCUUCUCCCCCCACACACACCCUUUAGCCUCAGCCCCAGCCGGCUCCCCAUCAACGCAAGCAAACACACGAGUAUGAAAGACAUGGGGAUACCAUUCCCCUUUUCGUAAUGCAAGCUCGAUCCACAAUAAACGAAGAGAUUUUAUAGAACAUGCGCUACUAUCAACGGACUUUGAUUUGUUU